AUGAACAAUCAUUCCAGGUACUUACUACUUGGAAGGCAUAGAUUAGGUUUGAAAUGGCUUGCUCAAAAAAGCGUCAAUCAGAAGUUUCGAUUGAUAUCAAGUUCGACUAAAAAGCUUAACACAGUCGUUCAAGAAACUCCCAUAUUUGAUGCUGAUAAACUAGCAGCUGCCAGACAGGCCAGAUUAGACGGCCUGGGAGUAAUAGGCAAAUUGCCUGAAAAAUGGAUACCUUAUGCGGAGCUGAUGAGGCUGGAAAAACCCAUUGGGUCUUGGUUGUUGUAUUCACCGUGUACAUGGUCGAUUACUAUGGCCGCGUAUUCCACCACUGCUCCAUUAUCUUCCACUUUGUGGAUGCUGGGAGUAUUUGGAGUGGGUGCAUUGAUAAUGAGAGGAGCAGGUUGCACAAUUAAUGACUUAUUAGAUCGAGAUCUAGACAACAAAGUGGAAAGAACUAUAGAGAGACCACUGGCUAGCAGAAGAGUUACACCCAAGCAAGCGAUUACAUUCUUGGGUGCUCAACUGGCUGUUGGUCUGGGUGUGUUAUUGCAAUUACCAGCGGACUGUUUCCUAUUGGGAGCUGUUUCAUUGGUUCCAGUGGCAGUUUAUCCACUUUUCAAAAGAAUUACGUACUACCCACAAGUUGUAUUAAGUUCGUGUUUCACUUGGGGAGCCUUACUAGGAUUCCCGGCUAUGGGUGUUUGGAACUGGUCCUCUAUGAUUCCGCUGUAUCUAUCCAGCUUCGCCUGGUGUAUGACUUACGAUACCAUAUAUGCCCACCAAGAUAAGAAAUUCGACGUCAAGGCUGGAAUUAAGUCUACGGCUUUGGCUUGGGGUGACAAAUCCAAACCAAUCAUGUACGGACUCACUACAAUUCAAAUGGCGACAUUUGCAUUGAGUGGAUACAUGAACAGCAUGGGGCCCGGAUUUGCACUUGGAGCCAUAAUUGGAGGCUACAGAGUAUUUCAAAUGGUCAGAAAAGUAGACUUGGAUAACCCCAAAGAUUGCUGGUACCAUUUCCGAAACAAUAUCAAUAAUGGCCAUAUUUUCUUUGCAGGCAUUUUUCUUGACUACAUCUUGAGACUUUUGGGAUACAUUUAG